AUGUGCCCGUUGUGCAGUGUGCGGCUUGGCUGUGAUUACUGGCAGCUCAGCGACAUCUGCUUCUACAUCAAGGUUUCCUACCUAUUCGAUCAUCCGGGCACCGUUUUCUUCGCCAUAUUCAUGGUUAUAUGGGGUAGAGUUAUUGAACUUGACAUCUGGACAAUCGAAAUAUCACAGGAGACAUGCAGCGUGACGUUUCUUGAGUGUUGGAAGCGGAAGAGCGCGGAACUAGCUCAUCAUUGGGAUGUGCUUGAUUAUGAAAAUGAGGAGGAACGACCCCGGCCACAAUAUGCUGCUUUAUGCUCCACAUAUGCCAAAAAUCCUGUAACGGGGUUAAUGGAGCCAUACUUUCCUCAGAAGUACAGGAUACCUCGCCUGAUAACUGGAAUCGGAUGCAUCCUCAUAAUGGCAAGAAACGUAUUUAAAUCUGCUAUGGAAUAG